AUGAAGGUUCAACCAUCUACCUCUAUAAAGACGGACAUCCUGUCAACUGGAACACUGAAUCUCUACACAAUUCCUUUAAAAGAGGAGAAAAUAGAAAUAGAUGGCUGCAAGUUCUACAGUUAUGGGAAAGCUGGUCCCAAACAACAAAGUCGUACCAUCAUGGUUCUCGGAGCCACUGGUGCAGGGAAGUCAACUCUGAUCAAUGGGAUGAUAAAUUACAUUCUAGGUGUUAAAUGGGAAGACUCUUAUCGGUUCAAGUUAGUGGAUGAAAAUCUAAUGAAAUCUCAAGCUCACAGUCAAACCUCAGAGGUAACUGUGUACAAACUCAAUCGCAGGGAGGGAUUUCAGGUCCCCUUCUCUCUGACCAUUAUCGGCACUCCAGGCUUUGGAGACACCAGAGGCAUAGACAGAGACAGGGAGAUCACACAGCAGCUCCAAAACCUCUUCAAUAGCAAGGACGGGGUCAGUGAAAUAGAUGCUGUGUGUUUUGUAGCUCAGGCUGCUUUAGCCCGUCUCACACCAUCACAGAAAUAUGUCUUUGACUCCAUUCUAUCCAUCUUUGGUAAAGAUGUAGCAGAGAACAUCAGGAUCCUGGUGACGUUUGCAGAUGGUCAGAAGCCACCGGUUCUGGCAGGGAUCAUAGAGUCAGGCGUUCCUUGUCCUAAAGAUGCAAAAGGUCUGCCAGUUCACUUCACAUUUAACAACUCAGCUCUGUUUGCGGACAACCUGAGCGGGGACGAUGAUGAAGAAAACUUUGAUAAGAUGUUUUGGAAGAUGGGAACAAAAAGCAUGAAAAGGUUUUUUGCUGCUCUGAAUCAAAUCGAAACCAAAAGCUUGGUUCUCACCAAGGAGGUCCUAAGAGAAAGAAAACAGCUGGAGCUUUCAGUUGAGAAUUUGAAGAUUCAGGUUAGACUUGGUUUAGCCAAACUGGAGGAGAUCAGGGAGACGAGAGUAAAACUUAAGGAGCAUGAAGCAGAGAUCAGUAGAAAUGAGAACUUUGAGUUUGAGGUCCGCGUUCAAAAGCCUAAUCUGUACGGAUGGAUAUCUGAGAGACAAACAGUGAAAGAGCUGAAAGAAAACUAUGAAAAAGCCACAGGGGAGAAGAUGACUGUUGAGGGACUGAUGAGGAAACUAAAGGGUGAAUACGAUGUCCUGGAGAAUGAGGUGAACAAGUUAAUGGAGGAGUCGGCCAAGUGUCUGAACAGACUGAAGGAGAUAGCGCUGAAGACAAAUCCUCUCUCCACUCCAGAUUGCAUUGAGAUGCUGAUUGAAGGAGAGAAACAGGAGGCCAAACCGGGCUGGAAACAACGGGUCGAGUCACUGAUGAAAAUGAAACAAAAAGCAGAGUACAUGGCUAAAGUGGAGAAAGGAGAAAAACCUCUAAUCCGUGAAUCAUCAAUUGAUUUUACGCCUUAAAUCAGGAGGUCCUCACAAGGU